AAUUUCGAAAAAUUAUAUCUUGAAAACGGAUAGUGUCCUGAACAUCAAGAUCUCGUUGCAGAAAUGCGAAAAAAAAAAUUCAAUCUUCAUUUCUUAAAAGGCACGAAUUCAAGCCCAAAAAAAAUCAAGGUUUUUCCCGAAUUUUAUGGAAAUUUCGCUUUUCAAAAAAUAUUUUGAAAAAUUCCUAAAAAUCAGUGUUUUCAGAGUUUCGAGGGUGGCUCAAAACCACAUUCGAUUUCAAUACAAUUGUAAAAUCUUGAAAAUCCGAUUCACCUUAAACUUCGCUGAAAACGUAAAAUUUUAUCAUCUGAAUACUCCGAUUUUUUUUUUUUUAAAUCAACAUGUUUUUGGUCUUAUUGAAAAGCUAUGAAACUUUUUUUAUUAUUUCGAAUAAAAUGGUGAGCAAGAUAAGCGACAAAAUGAAAAUAAAACUGCUUACCAAAACGAAUGAAAUCACCAGCGAAAAACAAUUGAAACGAAAUCAAUUAAGAAACAAUUACACUAGCGACAUUUAUUUGGAGUAUACUUUCGCUUCAAUCUUCGAAGUAGUUCGCUCGCUACAGCUCUAAAGUAUACUAAUAUGGAAAUAUAUACAGAUAUACUGGUGCGUAUAUAGUCGCGUAUUAUUAUUGUCUCUGGUAUUUCUAUAUACGUACGGACACUCGAUUCACGGCGCGUGGAUAGUGAAAUACGUAGUAGUUUAGUAAAGUGAUCCAUCAUUUUGAUGCGACGACGAUAAAACGAUUGUGUAAAUUGUCGUUCAUUUGAGACUCGAGAUUGCUGGUGAACUGUCGACAAACAAGACUUUUAGCUGGAUCAUUUUUUCAAAUAAUAUCGGUAUAAAUGAUGAUUGAAUUUUUUUAUUUAAACAAAAUGAAAGGUGGAAGAAGAAAAAUGUAUGAAAAAAAGCAAAUUAUCUAUUAUCAACAGUCGUCAAAUGUGGCAACAGUCGAUUAUGUAUCGUUGGUCAGGUCAGAAGAAAGGGAAAAUCGCGUGGUAGCAGACGACGAGGAUACUUUUUUCCCCUAUCAUCGCAACGACGAAAUUAUAUUGCUAUCACGCAUAUAGAGGUUAGCGUCAUACGUGAAGGAGAGCAAGGGGAGGAGAGAGAAGAGAGAGGGAUAGACGUCGGCGAAACCGGAAGAUCAUAGUCUGUCUGGCAGCCCUGCUGGGUUAUAAAAUACACUGAGAAAAACAAUCGGGAAGUGUAAAGUGGAUGAAUAAAAUUUUUUGCGCAUUCUCAUUAAUUAGUAAAGAUAAAUAAAAAAGAGGUGAAGAGAAAUAGGAUCGCGGGAGCAUCAACGCGAAAUCAAAGAAGUAAAAGAAAGACAAAACUCGCGGGCGGGAAGAGAGGUUAUCUAGUUAUCAAGAGAAGAAGAGAGGGAGAGGGAGCGAGAGAGAGAAAGAAAGAGUGAGUGAGAGAAAAUCGAGACUGGUGCUCCCCCUCGCGCAGUGAUUGAUCCUCGGGUAAACAGGUGCAUUUCGAUCGGACGCCGAUUAGUUGGCGUUGGCGUAUCUUCAAGUACCAAUACGCCUCAUCAUUCAAAUUUAAAUUUUCACGGGUUUUUACUUUUUCACAUGCGGUGCAAUGUGUGUGUAUUUAUGCGCACAAUGUACAGCCGCAUGUUUCCCCGAAAACUCUCUUUCGUGUUAUAAAUCCACAAACACGUUUUUUGUGCGCACGUACCUGUGAAUUAAUCGUGCGUUAUUCUGAUUUGUUUUUUUCAUUUUUUUUUUUAAUUCAAUAAUUGCUUGCCUUUCGGAAAUUAGCGACGCCACAACCUGGGUCAAGUAAUGAGUGUUUACAAUGCGUCUUCGACGGCCUCCGGGGUGGCCGUCGUUACGCCCGAGAGUGCCGACGACUGGGUUGAAUUCUGUGACAGACACGCCCGCGCCUCAGCAUCAGAUUUCGCGAAAGCUUUCUGCACUUACGUCAGUCUUAAUCUUCCCGAAAGUGCACGGGCCACUCUAUCGCAUCGGGACUUUUUGCGAAAAUUUAUUGACACCUUCUGCGAACAUUUUGAAAGCGAAUACUUACGACGAAGCGCCAGAUCUCCGUCAUUUCACGACACAAGGAAUCCAGCAUCCAUCGAUAGAGACAGUGUGAAUUCCACUGUUCAAAACAACAGAGUACCAGUGCGAGCUUCGUCCCACGAAGAAUUCAGUGAUUAUUCGGAGCAGGAUGGAGAAACAGUAUCCCCAAAACCAGUGCACAAACCUUUUUUCAGACGUCUAUCGUUCAAGGGACUCAAAAAAGGCAAAAGUUUUUUCCACAAGCAACAGAGCGAUGAGGUUGAGUUGUCGCAGUCGGAACAUCGCAAAGAUAAACAUUCGAAAGCGAAAUUAUCAAAGAUUGUUGUGGAGUGUAGAAAAGAGGGCAUUGUGAAUUCAUUGAUGGGUGAGAAUGCCGAUGGUACACAAAAGUGGGAAAAGUCGAGACUGGCGCUUAUCAAAGCGAUCGGUGGUUACAUGUUAGAAUUUUAUUCACCCCCGAAAGCGGUGAAACCACGCGAUGGUGUCUUUUGUUCAGCUAUAACAGAGGCUAGGGAAACAACGGCGUUGGAAAUGCCUGAUCACGAAAAUACAUUUGUUUUAAAAACACAAAACGCAGAAUUUGUUAUCGAAGCUCAUGACUCUAAUGACAUGAGAUCGUGGCUUGCCACGAUCAAAUAUUGCAUGAGGUUGAUUCAUCAGAAUCCUAUGAAUCCUGGCUCUGUGGGAAAUGACAUUACAAACGAAUCUGGUGCUCACGGCACUACGAACGUCGAUGGUGAUCGAUUGAGAGCAAAUUCGGCAAGCAAGAGUUCACGUAUGGGUCCCGAUCAUCCGGAUGAUCUCGUCAAUCCUCCUGAAUUACCACCAAGACUCCGUACUCGCAGUAAUAGCAAUCUUGAAUUGUGCUCAUCGCAACAAGAGAUUGAACAAUUAGCGAACGAAGGGGAAUUGGAUCUGUCCACUAGUUUAAGAGAGUACGCGUGGUUUCACGGGACUCUACCAAGAUCUGACGCGGCCCAACUGGUAUUGCAUAACGCUGCUAACGGACACGGAGUCUUCCUUGUCAGACAAAGUGAAACGAGGAAAGGAGAAUUCGUUCUUACAUUUAAUUUUCAAGGGAGAGCCAAGCAUCUAAGAAUGACGUUGAACGAUCAAGGACACUGUCGAGUUCAGCAUCUGUGCUUCCCAGCGAUAUUGGAUAUGUUGGAUCACUUCCGUCAGAGCGCCAUACCUCUUGAGUCCGGUGGCACGGAGGACGUCAAGCUGACGGAGUUCGUAGUGGCAAGCCAAACGAGAGUACCGCACCAUACUGUAGCGAGCGCGAAUGCUCAACAACUGCAGGAGAGAAGGCCAGCGGCAGCCCCGGAGCCCAGAGAAGUGCAGACGUACGGAGGUUCGAUAAGGAUCAGAGCCGAGUCGCUUGAACCACUAGCACAGCAAAAUACCAACACCGCCGAACAAACCGCUGCGUCCAGCGGUAGAGCCGUACAAAACGCCUACAGUUUUCUCUGACGUUGGAUUCGCAGCACUUUGCCCUCGGGUUAUCGACUGGUCAGUCCUCCAGAUUGAGACUCAGUCGUUUACGCUCCGUUCGUACAAACUGUCGUGCGGCGAGUUAUCCGUUAACGGUAUGCAAUGAAUGAAAAAUUCGCGGUUUCUUUUCAUUCGUCCACUUUUGUCGAAAAAUCUUGAUUUGAAAACUACAAAUGAAAUGUUCAAAGAAUUGGAAAAUUAUUAAGACAGGAAUGAAUAUCAUUUUUCGUUUUAUACCAGCAAUGUGAACUUCAAUGUUGUGAAAUGGCAUCGGUGAACCUGCAUAUUUUUUGCGAUUUUCACAUGUACUCUCAUUUCCUCAGAUCCAACAAUGGUUCGUUGUAAGAUAUAAAGAUACAAUCGACGUUUUUAUAUAGAUAUAAUUUCCCAGGAGGAAAAUAACUUUCAAAUCGUAUCGACAGUGACAGUUGGCACUUCGUACAUAAAGAAAAUCCAAUUUAAUUAUUUGAAGGACAAAAUUCAUCGAAGUAUAACGAUGAAAUUGACCGACAAAGUGUCAAUUUCGAGAUAUGUGUGAAUUUGGUAAAACUAUCGAUAUUCGACUUUCAGUCAAUGGAAAAGCCUUGUAACUUUUUUUUUUAACAGGUCCUUUGACUCAAUGUUAAUCCAGGAGCCAAAGAAUUGACAAUCGAAUAAUCACUUUAUUAGCAGCAGUCAGAUAUUUUAAUAUAUCGUCUUUUUCAUAUUUUUUCUUAUUUUUAAAAUGUGUAGUAAAAUUUGAUUGCAUUUUAAUAUUUCAUAAACUAAUUAUGUUCUUUGGACUAGCUUAUUCAAAGUGAAUUUUGAUAAGAAAUUUGUACUGUUCGUGUUUCGAUACCUCUGUUGCUGAAAAGUUAAAAUCUAUGUCGAACUGGUCAAAGAAAUUCGACUCCAUAUUGAAAUUGGAUUUUUUAAAAGUAGUAUCGUGCCAUUCGUAGGAUCUGGGAAUCCGACGAGUAUAUUUUUAUGGCGAGAAUGUAAAAAAAAAGUGGAAAAAAUGACCGAAAAUCUCGGUGUGCUUGAUUCUAGAAGUUCACUUCACUGGGUAUACCGUACUGAAGAUACGGUAUUUCGUCCGCCUCUGCCAAUACCGGAAGCUUAUAAUCGUAUACGAAUCCCAUUUACUCUGCAAGCUUUCUUUUUGUCUCGAUUCGUUUUUGGAAUGCUCGCGUGUUCUUGCACGAAUGAUUUUUUUCUUAUGACGAAAUACGAUUUCGAGACAACGCUCAAUUCGAAGAAUCUCGGUUUUUUUCAAAUGUGAAUAGACACUAUGCACAAAUUAGAUAUUUGCGUGACGAUCCAGUGAAAAAAAUGAUCAUGAAAUUGUGUAAAUAUUGAUACUUUUCAAAAAGUUGGCGACUCAAACCGCACGGAUUGAAAUAUGGUUGUCCAACGAUUCGUUUUAUUGAAUGAUUUUUUUUAUUCAAGAAAAUUUUUAGUAUCGAGCAAUUUCGACUGUAUGGAUUACGUAAGUGUAUCGUACAUUCGAAAUUCAUGGUAUUUUACGAUGUUGAUACUUUUCGGAGAAUUCGUUCUUCGCUACAAACAAAAAAAUGCAGCUUUAUCUGCAUUUUCAAAUAAGACUGGACCCAACUGAUUUUUCAGGUUUGCCACUAGAGUUUCUGUUUGUAUCAGAGUCUCUUAGCGAAAUGUAUCGACAAAUUUCUCAGGUCAAGUUGAGGAAUGGCCACAUCUUCUUUUCCAAUCGUUUCUCAAACGAUCGGUGCUAAAAUGAAACAAGUUUACAAAUAUAUGAGUAUCAAAUCGCCUGAUGUUUUGAGAUUGUUGUUUCCUUGUUGUUUUUUCACGAGUUCUACAAAUACUCUAUUUUCAUUUGCAAACUUGUUUUCCUCGAUGAAUCGGUACCAAUUCAAUAGUCUUUCAAUUGUAUCAUGGCACUCGUGUUGAACGAAUAACAUUACGUAAGAAAUCGUUAGAUUUUUUUAAAUAAUUCCACGAGAAGACAAAAGAAAAUGAAUCGUUACAUUUCGCUAUUGCUGCAAGUCAACGAAGCUUUGUCUUCAACUUUGUUUACUCACUAGUCCUUAUUUUCCUAUACGUUAUUCGAUUUAUUCGUAUAAUAUUGUUUAUAAUUCCUGAAAUCACGCAGGGCAAAAAGACGGGAGUUGUUUGAUACGUAGCUCUUGUGGUUGAGCAAGGUCAGAAAGCUCAAUUUUUCUGUAAACCGCAUUUUGUUGUUCCAUCAUGUAAAUAUUGCAAUCAUGUGUCUCGUUUUUUUAUGAUUAGAAUAUAUAUAUAUAUAUAUAUAAAUAUGAGUGUGAAAAUAUAUUAUAUGAAAACAACCAUCACUUUUUUCAUUAUCGACGAAAUAACGUGAUUUAUAUAUGCGAUUGAAGAUUGAGAGUGCAAGAAGGGCCUUCGUAUAACUUGUAACGUGUAACUACCUGCCGCUAAAUUCAUUGUUGGAUGGAAUAAACGAGUUUUUCCGCGAUCUGCGACGAAGAAGCAGAAUUCAAAAUGAAGAAAAAGAAUCUUUCCGACUCAGUCCUAUCAAAUUCAUCCUCGUUUUAUUCGUGCACCGUGAGUCAAGGUGCGUCAUUUUUGUUCAUCAAUAAUGAUAAUUAUUGAAUUUUUAAAACAAACGAAAAAACUGAUUUUCUUCUCGCAUAUCGCGUUAAAUUCGUAAUUGUUGUAAAUUAUGUGUCCAAGUGAAAGAACUUCAUUUUCGAAGCAUUUUUUGAGUUCGAAGAGUGUGCACGAGCUUUACAUCGUCCCAAAUUGCUGAAAUUGUAUAACAAAAAUUCCGUCGUUAUGUGUUCCGUGGGGCUUAUGGAAUAUCAUUGCUCCACGAUGUUUCGCAGUCGGAAUUAAAUACGUGAGAAUUCAUGUACAGUAACUAUCUAGUCUUAAUAAACAAUAAGCUCUGAACAAA